CAGGUGAGAAAGGAAUCAUUAGGUUUCCACACUCAUCUAGUAGCCGAUCUGCACUAACAUGCUAGCUAUAAACUUCUUCAUUUGGUUUCGAGACAGAGCACAUAUAUACUAAUUCAUAUAGACAUUUACCAUAUAAUUCAUAUAGUUGUGUGCAAUAUUUUACGAUGAAUUUGAGGAGAAACAUGGUUCACUUUCGAAACUCUAAUGACCUUAUUGUUGUUGUUUUCUUUCUCUCAUUGCUUCCAUUGACCCUCACGGAAAGAUCUACAAGAAGGCAAGAAGAAGGCGAAGCUCUAGUGAAAUGGAAGAGUAGCAUGUCUCGGUCUACUUUCCUCGAAUCCUGGUCACUCAUUAAUCUCACUAAUCUUUGUAACUGGACUGGCAUUAUUUGUAACUCUGCAGGUUCUGUCAGUGAGAUUGAUCUUGCAGAAAAUCAACUCAUGGCAUCGCUUGGUCAGUUCCGUUUCAGUACAUUUCCAGAACUCAAGCGUUUCAACAUCGCAUACAACAACUUCACUGGUCCAAUUCCACCAAAUAUUGAAGAUUUGACAGAGCUGGUAUACCUCAAUUUAAGCCACAAUAAUCUCAGAGGUUCUGUUCCUUACCAGGUUAGUCGUCUUCAGAGGUUGCACACCUUGGACCUGUCAUAUAAUCACUUAGAAGCUCCAAACUGGUCUAAUUUUUCCCCCAUGCCAUUUUUGAAGAGCCUCAAUCUUAGUCAGAAUAAUCUUCUCUCGGGAUUCCCAGAAUUCAUAUCCAAUAGUCAUAACCUGACUUACCUUGAUCUUUCAUAUAAUAUGUUAACAGGUGAUCUGGUGCCUGAAUUUAACAAUUUGCAUAAUCUUGAAUACCUAAAUUUUGGUAACAAUAGUUUCAGGGGGCCGAUUCCACCACAUAUAUUCAAGUGUACCAAAUUGAGAGUUCUUUGCCUAGCAAAAAAUAACCUUUCAAGUGUUAUUCCUGAUGAUAUUAGCACGCUCCAUGGUCUGGAAGAACUUCAAUUAUUUUCUAAUUUUUUUGAAGGACCUAUCCCUUCUUCUCUAGGUCUACUUGGUGAGCUUCGAAUCCUAGACCUUGGAGAUAACUAUUUCAAUGGCAGCAUUCCUUCUGAGCUGGGGCUCUUGACAAAGCUUAAUCAAUUACAUCUAUAUACCAAUAAUCUUAGUGGCAAUAUUCCUUCAGAAUUGUCGCUCCUCACACAACUCAAAGAAUUGUUUCUUGAUUCCAAUUAUCUUACUGGUAAUAUUCCAUUUGAUAUCGGAAAUCUGAAGCAACUGAAAGCACUUCUUCUUGAUGAAAAUCAAUUGACCGGAUCACUUCCAGAGACCAUCUCUAAUCUCACUGAUCUAAUUUAUCUUACCCUGGAUCAUAAUAGGUUUUCUGGCAGUAUUUCUAGUGACUUCCUGAAAAACUCUAGAUCCUUGUCGCUCAUUGAUUUAUCAUGGAACAACUUUUCAGGGAACAUUUUCAAGAAAUUUUAUGUUCAGCCGAAUCUUGAUUGCAUUAAUUUAAGUGGAAACCAUUUUACAGGUGAGAUUCCAGCAGUUAUUUGCAAUGCCACAUCCCUGAAGAUUCUUGACCUGUCCGAUAAUAGAUUCAGUGGUGCACUUCCACGUUGUUUGGGAAAUAUGGUAGGAACACUAAAUUCCAUUAAUGUUGGUAGAAAUCAAUUUCGAGGAACUAUACCAACAAAUUUCUCCAGGAGCUGUCACCUGAAAGUUUUAAACAUGUAUGGCAAUCACUUCGAAGGGCCUUUGUCCCUAGCAUUGGCAGACUGUAAGCGGUUAAAAGUUCUUGACAUUGGACAUAACGCUAUAAGCGGUGCCUUUCCUUUGUGGCUAGUUACUCUUGGAGAGCUCGAAGUCCUUGUCUUAAGAUCAAACAGAGUAAAUGGUACAGUAAGUCUCAGAAAUAUAGCACAUCCGUUCCCCAAGAUACGGGUCCUAGAUCUUUCCCACAAUGAACUCACUGGCAAUUUGCCAAUUCACUAUUUUGAUAAUAUGAAAGCAGGUGAUGAUAAGGAUGAUUAUUACAAUUUACCAAUGCAAUUAUUUUACUAUCAUCCUGCAUCUGUCUCUCUAAAUGUAAAAGGAAAGGAGUACGAAGUGGGAAGCCUUCUUCAUAUUUACACAGUCAUUGAUCUCUCAUGCAACAGAUUUCAAGGCAAAGUUCCAAAGGUCACCGGGGAGCUUAGAUGGCUUGCAUUGCUUAAUCUAUCUUAUAAUAGUCUUACGGGACUUGUUCCAUCAGUUCUGGGAAAUAUGGAAGCGCUCCAAUCUCUAGAUUUAUCGUCGAAUCAAUUGACAGGUAGAAUUCCUCAUCAGUUAACUAGUUUGACAUUUCUCUCUACCUUGAACCUCUCUGAAAACCAUCUUACCGGAGAAAUUCCUAGAAAAGGACAAUUCAGCACUUUUACGAAUAGUUCUUACCUAGGCAACUCUGCGUUGUGUGGAUCUCCUUUGACAAAGAAAUGCAUGCAUACAUCGCCACUGCCACAAGGUAUCCAGAAUGAUGAUGAAGAUGAGAAUUAUUAUAGAUUCUUUUGGGAAGUGAUCGUGAUGGGAUAUUCAUGUGGAUUGAUAUGCGGAUUUUCUACUGGUUACAUCAUCUUCACCAUAGGAAGCCUAGAUGCAUGGUUUGUCAGAUACAUUAAUAAAGCACUGGAGCUACGGGUGUAAACGAGCCGAGCCGAGUCGAAUACUGCCAGGCUCGGCUCGAGCUCGACUGAAAAGUUCGGGGCUCGAGCUCGAAUUCGAGUUCGACCGAGCCUAUAAUUUCAAGUUCGAAACUCGGCUCGUAAAUAGUUCGGUAGGCUCGAGUUCGGCUCGAAAGCUCGAAUCGAGUCACCAAAUAUUGACAAAAACUCGAAAUAUGAUUGGUUCGACUCGAGUUCGAUUCGAUUAAAUAUAUAAAUUAUAAAUAAAAUAUUAAAUAUAUUUGUAAAAAUAUAUUUAUAAUAAAAAAAUAAAAAAAUAAUAGAGGCUCGAUAAGGCUCGCGAACCUUACGAGCCGAGUAAUUUGAAGCUCGAGUUCGGCUCGGUAAAACAUCCAAAUAGCUCGAGCUCGAGCUCGGCUCGAUUAUUACCGAAUCAAAUUCGAAUAUUUUAUGAGCCGAACUCGAGUAGCUCACGAAUAGUUUGGUUUGUUUACACCCCUAACUGGAGCUGAGCUUGUGGAGAAGAUUCAUGAAGCCAAUCAACUUCAAAAAAAUGCUAUUGUAGGUUUGGAAUAUAUUUUUGUGGUGUUCUGUUUAGCUUUAGUAUGUACUCCCUCGUCCUAAUUCUUUUGUCUUGUUUGACUUUUUAUGGUAUUGACCAAACUUACGUAUA